AUGGGCGACUGGAGUUUCCUGGGGAACAUCCUGGAGGAGGUGAAUGAGCACUCCACGGUCAUCGGCCGCGUGUGGCUCACGGUGCUUUUCAUCUUCCGGAUCCUCAUCCUUGGCACGGCCGCGGAGCUCGUGUGGGGGGAUGAGCAGUCCGACUUCGUGUGCAACACCCAGCAGCCAGGCUGCGAGAAUGUCUGCUACGACGAGGCCUUCCCCAUCUCCCACAUCCGCCUCUGGGUCCUGCAGAUCAUCUUCGUCUCCACGCCGUCGCUGGUGUACGUGGGGCACGCGGUGCACCACAUCCGCAUGGAGGAGAAGCGCAAGGAGCGCGCGGCCGAGGAGCUGUGCCAGCAGUCGCCUGGCAACGGCGGCGGCGAGAGGUCGCCCGUCCCAGCGGACCAGGGCAGCAUCAAGAAGGGCAGCAGCAGCAGCAAAGGCACCAAGUUCCGGCUGGAGGGGACCGUGCUGAGGACCUACGUCUGCCACAUCAUCUUCAAGACCCUCUUUGAAGUGGGCUUCAUCGUGGGCCACUACUUCCUGUACGGUUUCCGGAUCCUGCCUCUCUAUCGCUGCAGCAGGUGGCCCUGCCCCAACGUGGUGGACUGCUUUGUGUCACGGCCCACCGAGAAAACCAUCUUCAUCCUGUUCAUGCUGGCCAUGGCCUCUGUGUCCCUCCUCCUCAAUAUUCUGGAGGUGAGUUACCUGGGCCUGAAGAGAAUCCGAUCGGCCUUCAAGAAGCCAGUGGAGCAGCCCCUGGGGGAGAUUCCUGAGAAGUCCCUCCACUCCAUUGCUGUCUCCUCCAUCCAGAAGGCCAAGGGCUACCAGCUCCUCGAAGAAGAGAAAAUCGUGUCCCAUUAUUUCCCUUUUACUGAGGUUGGGAUGGUGGAGGCCAGCCCACUUUCUGCCAAGCCUUUCAGUCAAUUCGAGGAGAAGAUGGGCACCGGGCCCCUAGGGGACUUGUCCAGGGCCUACCAAGAGACACUGCCUUCCUACGCUCAGGUGGGAGCCCGGGAGGGGGAGGGGGAGGGGGAAGGGGAGGGGGAGGGGCAGCCUGCGGAGGCGGGAGCAGAACCGGAGGUGGAAGCAGAACCAGAGGUAGGAGAGAACAGGCAGGAGGCAGAGAGAGUGAGCACGGAAGGCCAGGAGAGCCUGGCCGUGCUGGACGGGGAGAAAAUGGAGACCCCGGAAGUGGGGAAGGAGGUUGAGAAACAAGAGCUGACGCCUGAGAAGGUAUCAAAGCAGGGGCUGCCGCCUGAGAAGGCGCCUUCCCUGUGUCCGGAGCUGCCUGGGGAUGACACCAGACCCCUGAGCAGGCUGAGCAAAGCCAGCAGCCGGGCCAGGUCAGACGAUCUAACGGUAUGA